UCGCAUCAAUUCCUGGCCCCUUCUCGUUUCCGAGCCUUCUCUCAAGAGCUUGCUCGCAAAGCGUCGAAGAUAUCUUCCCCAUCUCUUCCUAUUUGGAUCGAACGUUCGAAGAAUCCCUCUAAGGUUUGCCCAUUUUAAUGGGAAGCAAAGGCCGAGUACCACCUCAUUUAAGGCGACCUCUUCCUGGUCCUGGUAUGCUGCACCCUGAUCCUUUUAGUGCUGCAGUUCGUCCUCCUCCUGGCGCAUUUCCUUUGGAAAUGCUGCCCCUUCCAGAAGUUUUGGAGCAAAAGCUUGCUGCACAACAUAUAGAGAUGGAGAGGCUUGCAACAGAGAAUCAAAGAAUUGCAGCUACCCAUUCAACUUUAAGGCAGGAAUUAGCUGCAGCCCAACAAGAAUUACAGAGGUUGCAGUCCCACAUGGGCGUUAUUAAGGCUGAACAAGAACAGCAGAUGAGAGCUCUUUUAGAAAAAAAUGGAAGGAUGGAAGCUGAGUUGCAGGCCUCUGAGCCUUUCAAGGCAGACUUGCAACAAGCACAUGCAGAGGUUCAAAAUUUGGUUGCAGCUAGACAGGAGCUGAUUUUGAAAAUUCAACAAUUGAAUCAGGAUCUGCAGAGGAGCCAUGGAGAUGCCCAGCAAAUUCCUGCAUUGCUAUCUGAACUAGAUGCUCUCAGGCAAGAAUAUGAGCAUUGCAGGGCCACAUAUGAAUAUGAGCGAAAAAUAUUCACUGAUCAUUAUGAAUCACUUCAGUUGAUGGAGAAGAAUUACAUAUCAAUGGUUAGGGAGGUGGAAAAACUGCGUGCUGAGUUAGCUAAUGCUGCUAACACUGCUGCUAACACUGCUGCUAACCCAGGAAGAAGUGAUUGUGAUUCAGGUGGGACUUUUGGAAGCAAUGCUAGUCACAAAGAAAUUGAUGCAUCUAAUCAUCAUUCUGUUGGUCAAACCACAUAUGAAGAUGGUUAUGGAGUUUCCCAGAUGCGUGGUUCUUCUUCUGCCGCUGUUCCAUAUGGUGUAGGUCCACUGGGUCCACCACCACCUGCAUGGGUUGGACAUGAUGCAAGAGGCCCUGGUUUUGACGCCUCUAGAAAUGCAAUCUAUGAUACAUCAAGGGGUGCGGGAGGAUUUGAUACUUCUGGUGGCACCAGCAGUUACGAUCCUUCCAUGAUCGGCGGAUAUGGGAUUCCCCGAGGUGCUAAUGCUUUUGAGGCUCAACGAGGAGGUUCUGGAUAUGAUGCCCCAAAAGGGCCUGCCAGUGCUCCAACAACAGGUCCAAUUGGAAACAGUGGCCAUCCAUAUGGAGCGCCACUUGCAAUGAAUCCAUAUGGAUCAGCACCACAGCCGCCUCCUCAUAUGGGUAGUGCUUAUGAUGUACCUCGUGCUGGGAAUGUUGGGCGUAGAUGAGCAUUCUCGCUCAGGUUCUUUUUGCUCAACUAACCGGCAUACAAAUCCCUAAUCUCUUUUAUACUUUUGGUAGUAUUUCAUCUCUCUUUGCUGAAUUGCGUUACGCCAAACUCUGCUUCGGACAUUGUCAUCAGAAAUGCACAGGCCUGCUAAUUUUCCAAUUGAGAGGAAGAUAAAGAGCAACUUAUCAAGGCUUUCAUGCAAUGGAUUCAGGCCAUAUGCAUCUUUAAUCUUCUUGCCCUUUCUCAGCUUGCGUUUGCUUUCAAUUUUCAGUAAUGGAUUAAAUAUAGCAUCGUAUCUCACCUCAUUUACCAAAUUAUAAGAUAAAUCUUGUUGACAGUGGUGUUACCCAAUUUGGGAAUAAUUGUGUACUUGUUAUCUGCCUGCAUUUUGGAGGUCUGAAGUAUUAAUGAAUGGUGGCACAAUUUUGGAAAUUAUCUCUUGAGAGAUGAUAUUCAUAUUUGUUUGUUGAAUUUGUAAAAAUGUUUAAGUUUUUUCAAGUUGUUUGCAAGUGGUUUU